CCGUUGUGCACACGUGUGGUGGAACUAGAAUUGCAGGGAACUAACUGUCGUAGUUCGUCCUAUUUGAGUGGCGUAAUCAUAUAUUUCGUAGACAACCACACGCGAGGUUGUUCCUCAACGCAGCGUUCAGAAUGGCUGGGCUGGUGAGUAGCAGAGGGUGUCACAAAAUCAGGGGUUCCCAAAUCAGAGAACUCCUCGACUCCAAGCUCAACGUCCUUUUUGAUUGCGACGGAGUCAUCUGGAAUGGCGAAACUGUAGUGGCAGGCGCACCAGAAGUGGUGACGCUACUGAAACAGCAAGGCAAAAAGGUAUUCUUCAUCACCAACAACUGUACUAGGCCCAGAGCGAGUUACGUGACGAAGUUUAUCCGGUUGGGGUUCACUGAUGUCGCAGAGGAGGAGAUAUUCAGCUCGGCGUACUGCUCUGCGGCUUAUCUGCGAGACGUGGCGAAGUUGCAGGGUAAGGUGUAUGUCAUAGGGUGCCAGGGCGUUGUGAAGGAGCUACGGGAGGCUGGGGUUCCCAUAGUGGAGGAGGACACUGACGCACCUACUGGGACCAUUUACGACUACCCGUUGGACCCAGACGUAAAGGCAGUGCUGGUGGGAUAUGACGAGAAAUUUGAUUUCAUAAAACUGGCCAAAGCCUGCUGCUACUUACAGAAUACUGAGUGCCUGUUUCUGGCCACUGACCCUGACCCUUGGCACCCACUGCGAGGAGGCAGAAUAACACCAGGUUCAGGAAGCCUCACGGCCGCUGUGGAGACAGCCAGCAGCAGGAAAGCCACGGUGAUCGGGAAGCCCAGCUGCUUCAUGUUCGAGUGCAUCGCCAGCCAGUUCAACCUGGACCCCGGCCAGUCCCUCAUGGUGGGUGACCGCCUGGAGACUGACAUCCUGUUUGGGGCUAACUGUGGCCUGGACACCAUGCUCACCCUGACCGGAGUGUCCACUCUAGAGGAUGCGCACGGCUACAAGGACAGUGACGACCCCGAGCGGAAGGACUUCGUGCCAGAUUACGUGGUGGAGACCAUUGCCGAUUUCAUUGAAGCGUAUGAAGAGGAGGAAGGCUGAGGAGGACUAUAGAAAGAGCAGACCCCUGAAGCUGUGCCUGAGAGACCUGGGUCAUGUUCAUUAGAGUACGCAACGGAGAGCGUUUUAAACCGCUUUGCAACGGAAAGUGAAAAUUCCCUCCCUGUUUCAAUCCAUUUGGUGCCUAAUGAACACGACCCUGGAUAUAUCAGAAAAGGGAUUAGUUUGGUGGUGUUAUACGCAGUCAUUUGUAAAGCCUUUAAGAAGUCAGUGUGAUGUGUUAUAGUGCUUGCGACAGGCAUGCUGUGCUUUUUUAUGCCGAUAAUCUUUGUCAUGAGGCAUGUAAAGAUGUGGCAUAACAUUUUGGAAAUGUUUUUGCAAUUUACAUGCUUAUGGCAAGUGAUAAUGGCAUUGACCAGGAUUCAAUCAGAGAUGCGUUGUAGACAAGCCCAUUUCACUACAGACAAUGAAGAUCGCAUUCACGGUAAAACGCUGAAGAUGUCGACUCAUGAGGAAAUUAUUUUAAAUGUCAAGCACUGUGCACUUGUAUACAACAUGUCUUUGAUUGAAUCCAGGCCAUUGUGUAGUAUUUUGGAAAGCUUUAUGAAUGGUGGCAUAAGACCACCUGGAACAUUAUAUACUGACACCAAUAAUGCAGUGUGAGACUCCACCUGGUUGUAGUUCCUAGUGUUCAUUAUUUGGGACAUUUAUUGGUGUAGUAGGAAUGUCUUUGGUUGUACUGUAGUAUAUCAUAGAUGUCACCAUAUGAGCCCAAUAUACAAGCUGUUCUAUUUUCCUUGAGACCAUCCAGUGUUGAAAUGGAUAGGGAUACAUCAAAGUGAAUCAUAACACCCAAUGUAAAUGGACUGAAUUCAUCUAAACCCACAGAACCAACUGUGCUGUUCUACAGUCAAAACAUAAGAUAAUGUAAGCUGAAUGCUUCCCUUGCAGCACCUUCACCUUUAGUAUACCAAACCAAAUACUGUGUUAGGUUUGAAUCCAAUAACUGGUAUACCAAACCAAAUGUUAUUUUUGGAGCCAACUGUCCAACAUUUAGCUCUGGAUAUAUGGAAAUAGGGCUGGAGACUUGGUUUGAUACUGGUUAGUUUUCCCACCAAGUCAAACCUUUGCUAAUAUGUGUGCCAGCAGCCUUGCUGUAGUUUUGGAUCCUUUGGUUAAUGAAUCCUUGACUGUAACAAACAUGACAAGGAAAUUGUUCUCACUUCUCACCUUUCUAAAGAACAGAGCAUACGAGUGGGCCUGAAUUAAUCAUUACCAACAAUGAAAUGUGUAGGACUGUAUGUAGAUCUAAUUACCUGGGUUUUUUUAUCGACAGGUGGUUAUUAACCUGAAGAAGGGUGUGUGGAUUUCGGUCAGGGUAAUUACAAUGGCAGACAAACAUUAUUUUAAUUGAGGGUAUCACCAUUUUUUUUAUCAGUCUUUUUACUUAGCUAGAGGUUGUGCUAGAAUUUAAUUGUAAGACUUAAGACACAUUUUCAUACUGUAGAUGAAGUACCUAUUUCAAUGGAAUGCCAACCUGUUUUGUAUGAACUUCAUAAACAUUCUGCAUAUUGUGAAUUAGGUUUGUACAUUACUUAAUGUAGUGUACAAUUGCAUUUUUUUAUUAAAACUCUUGCUUUGUA